UAUAUCAGAAUAAACGUUAUAGAUUUUCGUUCUGGUUUUAACAAUUAUUCAUUUACGAAUGUGCCAAAGAAUUAUCAAUCAAUUAAUGAUAUUUACAGGAUUAAGCUUAGUUUUUGUCAGUAAAGAAGUGCGGAAUUACUCAAAAUGUACACCGAUCACAAUUAAAAAUGGAUUUUUUAAUGAUAACAUGCACCAAUACGAAUGUAACAAGGAUUAUUAUUAUUAUAUGUUUGGUAAUGAAACAUUAAAAUGUCAAGAUGAUGGAAGUUGGAAAGGAGAAAUACCCUAUUGUGCUAGGACAAUCCCUACGGAGAUUUGGAAAGACGGUAAUGACAAAAAAGUAAUACUUAGUUACAGUCGAUGUGUAGAAUUCGGUGGUAACACGUCUUGGGAGAUAAAAGUAAAUAAUCAAUCUUUCUCAGCUAUUAGAAUAUUGUUUAAAGCAAACAGAGAUGACAUUGGAUGUCCUGUCGUGAAUUUAAGUGUUAAUAGAUAUGUAUACAAAGAACGAUAUAAAACUAGUUGUCGACAAAAUACUGUGCAAUUUACAUAUGAAUUUAAAAACGUUAUGAACGAGGAUAUUAAAUUUACUCUAAAGAAGAAAUUUUCACGUUACUUUGAAGUAUGUGGAAUUUCCGUUUAUUCAAAAUCAGAAGAAAAAUGUCCCAUUCAAUCAUUAUAUCCAUCAAAUGGAUAUAUUUCUCCUUCAAAUGUUAACUCGUUAAGCUAUGGAGAACACGUGUCAUUUAACUGCAAUGAGGGUUUUCAACUGAAUGGAUAUCGAUAUCUUUACUGUGGAGUGACAGAUAUAUCCACUCAAAUACCACAAUGUCAACGAAUCCAAUGCAAAAGUUUUCCUAUGAAUAUAUUAAAUGGUAUGUGGGAAAAUUGGAAUGGAACUAAACGUUACUUUUAUGAAGACGAAAUUCGUUUUAUUUGUAAUCCUGGUUAUAAAUUAAAUGCCACAGAAAGUAUUAAAUGUCUUAAGAAUGGAGAAUGGUCCCAUACUCAUGCAGCUUGUAUUGAGAAGAAAUUUCCAAUGUAUUUAGUAAUUAUAAUUUUGAUGGCUGUUAUAAUUGGGCUAAUUACAUUGUUGAUUGGAUUAUUCACCGUAUUUAAACACAGAAAGAAAAAGAUCUUAUCGGAUUCAAGAACUGAAACCAUAGCUUAUGCUAAGGAAUUCGAAGAAUCAAUGGAAGAAACUGUGUCAGAAAAUGAAUACUGUGAAGUGAAUUAUCAAGUGUUAAAUUUCCACGAUAAAUACAGACCUCAACUUCCUACAAGAACGAACAAAUCUAAAAAGUUUCCUUUGUUUUUAUAAAUUAAAUUUAUUUGUUUCAACGUUAAAAGUAUAGUUUAGAGCAGUGA